UUAUGGACUCGAACCGCCAAAACUGGAAUACAGGAUACAGCUGACGUCAAGGCAUCUAUUUUACUUGGCUCAAGAGGUUUAGAUGUUCCAAAAAUGCCACAGAGACUUGAAAGUUUAAGUGUUGCCAAGACAUUUGAACCCUUAGAACCGGUCAGAGAAACAGACAUACAGGGUUUUCUCAGAAAUGAAAGAGAAAAUGCUCUUCUUGCCACCAUUGAAGAAACUCGGAAAAAUACAUUCAAUCAAGCUGAGAAACAUCACUGGGAUUGCAUGCUGAGUGAGUGGGAGCAAGAAAAACAGAAAAUCUUGAACGCUUUGAUAGGUGCUGGUACCGAUGUAUUGGAUAUACCGCAAGAAACCGAGAGCAUAUUAAGUGAUUCCAUCACCAUGCAAGGCAGAAGUGCUAUGGAUAAUGUAGAAAUGGCUUAUUCUAGACAGCUCUUCAUCUACAAUGAUAGAAUAGUACACACAGGGAAUAAACCAAAUCUUAUUGAAUUAUUUCAACAAGUUGCAGACAAAAUUGAUGAUGAGAAUGUCAAGGAUAUGUGGAUUGCUGUAAAAGCUAUGACAAGAGUGGCUUUGAAAACUCAGUCGUCCAUUGUCUUAGCCCGUGCUUCUAAAGAAAUGCAAAUGGGAUUCGUGAAGCAGGCCAGGGAAUACUUGGAAGAAAGUUACAAAAAGUUUAUUAGCACCACCAUAUAUGGAAACCUUCAGCAGGCACAGCUUGGUGGAAUUCCAGGCACCUACCAUCUUGUCAGAAGUUACCUGAAUAUCAAAUUACCUCCAAACACACCAGGCCUGGAGGAUGGCGAUGUAGAAGGGCACCCUGUCUGGGCUGUCAUCUAUUAUUGUAUUCGAUGUGGUGACUUACACGGAGCAAUGCAAGCUGUCAAAAAAGCAACGCAAAAUCUUGGUGAAUUUAGAGAGUAUUUAGAAGAGUACAUGCACACAGAAGAUAAAAGACUGCCACCUAACACAGAGAGUAAAGUACACCUUCACUACCGGAGAGCUGUAAAACGAAGCAAUGAUCCAUAUAAACGGGCUGUGUACUGUAUUAUCGGUCACUGUGAUCCCAAUGAGAACCACUCUGAUGUUGCUGAUAAAACAGAUGAUUACUUGUGGAUUAAGUUAUGUCAAGUUCAUUAUGAUAACAACAGCGAUGGACUGAGUAUGAGUCAAUUUCAGACAUCUUUAUUGGAGGAGUACGGAGAGUCCCACUUCAACGCUCAUCAUCAUCCAUUUCUCUAUUUCAAAGUGUUGUUUCUAACAGCACAAUUUGAGGCAGCUGUUGAGUUCCUCUCCAGGCGAGAUAGACUCCGAUGUCACGCCGUACAUGUUGCCGCUGUCUUGUACGAACUUGGUUUUCUUGCAUUACCCGUUAACAUACAAGCACAGUUAUUGAGCCGAGAAUCUACAGACCCAGUCCCAAUCAGGAGACUCAAUUGUGCCCGUCUUAUCACAACAUAUACCAGAAAGUUUGAAAGUACCGAUCCCAUAGAGGCAUUGCAGUAUUUCUACCUUCUCAGAAACAUGAAAGACUCCAAUCGUGAGAGUUUAUUCAUGAAGUGUGUUAGUGAGCUUGUUACUGAAACGAGGGAAUUUGAAAUGUUGUUGGGGCACUUGGAACGCGAUGGUUGUCGGAAACCAGGUGCCAUCGAUAAGUUUCAGGAUGAUACUCAGAAAAUUAUUCAGCUUGUUGCCAGGGAUACUGAAGACAAAGGACUUUUUGAAGAUGCUGUCAAGUUGUAUGAUUUAGCUGGGAAUCAUGACAAGGUUCUUGAACUGUUAAAUAAAUUAUUGUCUCCUUUGGUGUCUACUCCUAAUAGUCCACAGUCUACAAGGGAUCGGCUGAAAAACUUAUCAUUAUCUAUUGCAGAAAGAUAUCAUGCACAUGGUCACCAUGCUAGUCAGUUGGUCACACCCACAUUUUUUCUGCUAUUAGACCUUGUUACAUUCUUUGAUCAUUUUCAUAGUGGAAAUCUGGAUGAAGCCAUGGAGAUCAUUCAGCAACUAAAAUUGGUGCCAUUAACAUUGGACUCGGUGGAACAGAGAGUACAUGCAUUCAAGCAGUAUACUGAUGAGAUAAGACAUAACCUUGCUGCAGUUUUAUUAGCCACAAUGAAUAUACUGUACGCCCAGUAUAAGAAUGCCAGUAAGAGAACAAUCAGAACUGGACUAAGAACGGAAGAUGGUGGCAAGGAAUCAUAUGUUAACUAUUUACGAAAGCAAGCCAGAGCACUGAUUACGUUUGCUGGCAUGUUGCCGUACAGGAUGCCCGGCGACACCAAUGCCAGAUUGGUCCAAUUAGAAGUCUUGAUGAAUUAAGCAAUCCACUAAUGGGUGGACCAAUAGCAACUUUUCGGAUCGGUUAUCAACAACAACUUAGCCAUCACCCCAGAGUUUCUAAUGGAAAAAUAACUUUUGAACAAGAACUUAAUCUACAUAGUGCACAGGAUGAAGCCAACAUCUGCUUGCAACUAUGGUAACACUUAUCUUUCCACUUAUUCUAUUAAAAGAUGUGAAAAUUCAAGGUCACAUUUUCUAUUCAAUGGCAG